AUGUUCGCCGUGAUAUGCGGACCCGGAAGAACGGACUACCUCGUGCUCCCCCUCCUCGCCACCGGCUUCGCGACCUACCAAAUCGACCGGACCAACAUCGCCAGCGCAUUGACUGGAGGCUUCGCCUCGGCCAUCUCCGUCGACCAGAACACCAUCAACCUGGGCAACCAGCUUCUGUUUCUGGGCGUCAUUCUCUUGGAGAUUCCUUCCAACAUGGCUCUACAACGGGUUGGCCCCCAUCGCUGGAUUGGUGCCCAGGUCUUCAUCUUCGGAGUCCUCGCCGCCCUCCAAAUCUUCAUCCGUAAUCGCACAGGGUUCCUCAUCACGCGGGCCGUGCUCGGCCUCGCGGAGGCAGGGUACAUCCCGGCCGCGAUGUACACACUCUCCACCUGGUACACGAAAGAACAACUGACGAAGCGCAUUGCGAUCUUCUUCUUCGGGAUGUUCGGGGGUGCAGCAAUUGCGCCGCUUCUGGGCGCCGCGCUGCUGAAGCUAGAUGGCCGGGGCGGGUUAGCGGGGUGGAAGUGGAUAUUUCUGGUCGAAGGUCUCUGGUCUAUUAUCAUGGCCCUCCUCCUCUUCAUAAGCCUUCCGGACCGCCCUCCCAGUCCCCGGGAAUCCAACUCACCCACAACCCGCAACAGCAACCGCGACAGCGGCAGCAGCAACAGCAGCAGUCUCGACAAGCCCACCCCCGACCAACCUCCCACCUCCGCCGCGAACGAACGCAUCCCCUGGAUCCUCGUCUACAAGACCAUAACCAACACCGCCAAAUGGCCGCACUUCCUCGCCACCGGCUGCGUCUUCGCCACCUGGAGCCCGCUGACCACCUACACCCCCAGCAUCAUCAUGUCCUUGGGCUUCAAUCGGAUCGCAGCCAACGCCCUCGCCGCCAUCGGCAACCUCAUCACCCUCCCGGUCAUCUUUCUCUUCGCCUGGCUGAGCGACGCCACCGGGAAGAGGGGGUGUGCCGUCCUCCUCGCCAUCGGCAGCUACCUCAUCGCGCUGGUGGUGCUGCGCGCUGUGCAGCCGCAUGUGGGACGGUGGGGGCAUGUUGGACUGUGGACGAUGGUCAACGGGUUGGCGGUCGGGUAUCACCCUGUGCAUAAUGCGUGGAUUCAGGUGAAUUGUGGUUCGGCGGGGGAGAGGAGUAUUAUUGUUAUGUCUGCGACCGCGGGGCUGAUGGCGGGCAGCCAGAUCUUCCGGGCGGGUGAGGCGGAUGAUUUUUAUCCGAGGGGGUUGGUGAUUAUGAUUGUGCUGGUGGCGGUGGGGUUUGUGUUGGUGGUCGUGCAGAUGGGGAUAUAUCGGUUUACUGAUGGAAAGAAAGGUAGGCCAGUGGAGCAAGAGUGCUGGGAAUAGUGCAAUUACCUCAAAACCCCAGUCUCGUUCCCUGCGGCUUUCAGCUAUCAUGAUGACUUUAGACAAUGCGAGAGGGGAUUCCUCGGAAAUUGGCCUCGUCCGAUCCUGCACGACACGGUCUAAGUGCAACCAACCUCUGUUGGGAGUGGUCCUCUCGGGAGAACAAGACGCGAG